AUGGAAAUUGGAGGAAAAGCAAAUAAGCCUCCAGAAACAAGCUUUAGGAAUGGGAUCCUCCCCUAUGCACAGGUGGCCUGGAACCAAGAUGAACAUGUUAAUGGAAAUCCAAAUGAAGUGAAAUUGGCAAGUGAAAGUUUUGAUCCGAGAGAGAGGAGAGAAAAAGGCCAAUCUCAUGGUUAUUUGAUAAAGGGUCAGUGGACAAAGGAAGAAGACAGGAAAUUGAUUAAGUUGGUAAUGCAAUAUGGUUCAAGAAAUUGGGCUGUGAUAGCUGAGAAAUUGGAAGGGAGAGCAGGAAAACAGUGUCGUGAGAGAUGGCUUAAUCAUCUGCGUCCUGAUAUCAAGAAAGACGUUUGGAGUGAAGAGGAAGAGAGGCUGUUAAUCAAAGUCCACAAAAGGGUUGGAAACAAAUGGGCAGAGAUUGCCAAACACAUCACUGGAAGAACUGAAAAUUCAAUAAAGAAUCACUGGAAUGCGACGAAAAGAAGACAGAUUUCAAGGAGAAAAAUCAAGAAACCAAGAGGGGUAAAUGGAAAACGACAAUCAACCCUGUUACAAGAUUACAUCCAGAACAAGUAUAUGAACAAUGGUUCUGGCUUCACACCCACCUCAACCAACUCAGAUGCGGCCGCCACCACCAUUACUCCUCCGAGCUCCACCGUGCCUGAGGCCGAGGGCCAGUCUGUUUUUACUUUCGAAACAUGUGAGGAGGAAAUAAACUUCAUGAAAAACCUAUUUGGAAACAAUGAUUCAUCCAGCAAUGCUUCAAUGGUGCAAAGCCAUGCUGCAUCAGAAACAAACAUGAAGAUUAAUCAAGAUGCAUUUCUUUAUCCUGAUUUGUUCGAUUUAGCCAUUGGCUUAACUUGGAACCUGCCAAUGAAUCAAUUUUCCUCCUUUGCAGGCAGAAUGGAUGGGGAUUUAAUGGGAAUGGUUUCAUCUUGCCAGCUCUCCCUUCCAAGGGUUGAUCAAUAA